AUGGCUCGCCAAUUGGUCGCAAUUUUGGCUGCUGCUGUUGCUUUUAGCGGUGUUAGCGCUGGACCUUGCAAGCCUGUUUCUUCACUCGCCCUGUCGUCUGCAAUUCUUCUUGAGACAACUACAACUGCGACUUCUCACGAGACUGCUUCGUCUACCGUCACCGUCGACGUGAUCGAGACUACUGGUGCUUUCGAUACCACUGUCACCGACGCUACCACUGAUGCCACUGGUACUACGGAUGCCGUCGACCCUACCAUCACCGAGAGCGCUACGGACGCUGCGACGGCCGGGUCUAUCACCACUUUCCUGACUACUACUACCACCGAACAAUCUCCUGAGCAAUCUACCACCACCACUGCCGGUCCCGUUGGGCCAGGUCCUUGCCUUGAAGAACAGGUUCUUUACAACCCCAGCUUCGAUGAUAGCAUCAGUUCUUGGCCAUGGGAUUUGAACAGUGGCGUCCAAGUCUCGUCAGUGAAACCGCGUUCCCCCUCCUACUGCCUCCUCAACACCCUCAUCUCAAGCCACCCAUCCACUACGUUCUCUCAAGCUCUCCCCGCCUUGGGAGACUACGAAUAUGAGUUGGUAUACUACAUCAGCAUGCAGAAUUUCAAUGGCUUUGACUUGCUCUGCUAUGCGAACGCCUUCGUCAAUGGAAAGAAAAUGUGGGAUAGCGGAAACUUUGAUGGACUUGGCCCCUUCACAUAUCAGCGAGUGAGUGAGGUCUUUACGCCACAGAACUCCGAUGAUGCUGGGGAACUGCGUUUCGAGAUCCAGUCCGAAGGCGAAUUCCAGUAUGCGGAGAUGGCUGUUGACGAUGUCAGUCUUACUCGUCGUUGCGGUGCGUGA